AGAUCAUCAGUUUUCCGCAUCCCAUUCCAUCUAAAAUUAGCCAUCAGACACAGCUCGGCUCUGAGCCCGUCUCAACCUUCGGCAGAGUCAGUUCAGUAGCAGACAGCGCAUUGCUGCCGAGUGGUAGGAAUUGCACCAACCCCAAAGUCGUAUUAUGUGAUAUCACGGCCACGUGACCAGCUAAUCCGGAUAUAUCAGUGACAUAUAUACUUCUAUGGAUUGAGGAGGCCAAGAGAGCAACGUGUGUAAACCUCUUAGAGAAGUCGGAUAUAUGUGUGUGGAAAUCCUCGGGAGCGAUUUAUCUACAAACAGUUUGCUGUUAAUGAUAUUUGCAGAUAUUUAGCCAAGUAUCAACAAUCUCGGAUAACAAAUGUCUUGAUGGCACACUAUUGUUAAUGUUCAUUCUUGGAUAGUCCAUUCAGAGACGUACGCGAGGAACACGUUGUACGUAUAAACUGGAAUAUUGCCAGGGCAACGUUUACAUGGUGACAGAGGGUUAAUCUGUUAGCAGGCCAGACGAAGCACAGCACCUGUUGAAAAAAGUUCUUGACCCGCAAAGUUCGUGGAGUGAGUGAGUGCUUCGCGGUAAUCUGUGUGGCUGUUGUGUUGAGCGGAGACGACUGGAAUUAGCAAGGUGCCUCUUUUGUACGGACGCAGCGGGCCAACAGCUGUCUUUCAUACCACACACAGCUUAGUAUUAUCCAAAUCAUUUAAUACCCAUUGAGCACCUUUGAUGGGGAACACUGAUUUGGAUGAACUGUCCUUGGACGUCGUAUCAACGCUAUUCUGAUUUAUACAUUGAUUUGGAUACGUCAAAGUGAGAGCAGUUUCUUCAGAAAUGGAAUCCGCAGCGUUUGUGAUGGUGCCAAACACGACGGAGACGAAUAAUGGUACAGAACCGCCGCGUAUUGAUAGCGACAUAUCCAUGACUCAGCAGAUUAUGUUGGUAGUUCUUUUCAUCGCCGUGUUGGUGUUUAUUUUAGGUGGCAAUUUGUUGACAAUCAUGGCCGUAGUACGGACACCAGCAUUGCGAACAGUACCCAAUAUGUACGUAGUCUCUUUAGCCGUGGCGGACUUUUUAACCGGUGCCAUCAUCCCAUAUUACGCUAUUUCCUUCUUUCCCUCUCUUCAAGAAAAACUGAACGCAAACAAGUACAUGUGUCUCAGUCGGUAUGCAUUGUUUCAUCUGUUCGUGGCGGAGUCAAUUGCUUGCAUGGUCGUCAUUGCUUUUGAUCGUUUCCUGUUCAUCAAAUACCCCCUCCAUUACAGGAGCAUAACGUCUCACAGGAAGGCUGGAAUUGUUAUAGCGGGUACUUGGGUAGCGUCCAUUCUAGUUGGAAUGGUACCCCUUUGGGAAUAUCAUUGGAACAAUGACUGUACUUCUUUCGAGGUCUUGACAAGAGUUUUUCGACUGUACGGGCUUAUCCCUGGCUUCUUCCUCUGUUUGCUGCUCACUGCGCUCUUCUAUGGGUACAUCGUCAAGAAGGCACUGGCCCACCAAAGAGAAGCGUUGGCUCGACGAGCGUCACAACUGUCAGGCUCCUCGAAUCCUGUCGUCUCCAGUGCAAACGACUGGAAAUCUGUGAAAGUGUUUUUGUUGGUUUUCGGUGUAUUUGUAGCGUGUUGGUUCCCCAAUUUCACGCUCGUGUUUGUAGGAUACUUCGCGGAUGUUCCCAAGACUCUCGUAUUUUUUACCGUGAUAUUAGGUUUCCUUAACUCCGGGAUGAAUUGCAUCAUCUACGCCUGGCAGAAUCAUCACUUUAACAACGCAUUCAAAACAAUACUGUGUGGGAGAAGAAGAAGGGCCUCUACAUCCUCUGAUGGCCCCACGCAGGUUGUUAGGAUUUCCUGAGACUUCGUAACGGAGACAUCCCUGAUGUCCAAUAUUUCAGUAAAUUUAAAAAAAAUAUAUAUAAAGUAAUAAUUAGAUAAGUGGAGUAAGAUUGAACACAGUCUUUAUUGGCUAGCGCGUUCAACUCGUACCACGUAUGAGUCUCAUCAGGCCAUAACUGAAUAACGGACAUGAAGUUGCGAUAUUGUUAAAUGAUAUAACCCGCCCUUGAAACACAGCAUGUCACUCGAAACGCCGCAUGGCAUUAUAAAGCAUGUCAGUAUAUACAGAUGUAUCAAAUUUCUCGCAUAUGAGGUCCCCGAACUUGACCCCUCACAGAACGUGAGUAUUUCUGAAGUACAGUAAACUACGGUUAUAACGAACACGCUUAUAACAAACUGACGGAUAUAACGAACCUACUUUUUGGUCCCGACUAUUUGCGGUAGUUAAGCUGUAAAUAUGCUUAUAACGAACUACGGUUAUAACGAACUAAAAUUAGUAGUCCCUUUGAGUUCGUUAUAACCGUACUGUAUUUUGAACGACGUUAGAAAUUUGUUCAUGUCGUCUACGGAUUCAUCAUUUCUAAAAUUACAUCCUGCAUGAACAAUUACAAUUAUACACAUGCUGGCAAUGGUUGCUUAUAUUGUAUUCACAAGUUUACCUAUUAUAUGAAAAAUUGUUCUAAGAGGACACCAGGAAUAGCGUUGCUGAAUAGCCAAUCAGCAGCCUAAUGCUCUUAAACAAAGAAGUGUUCAUGUUACUACCAUUUGCGAUAGAAAAGGUUGCAAACUUACUUGAAGGGACUAUAAACAUACCCGAGGGAGUUCAGAGAGUAUACGCGAAAGAUGGGUUGAUAUUUUGCCAAGCAUUAGGCUGCGGGACAAAUACUGAUCGCAUUGAGUGAAAGACUAAUCCUAGCACGCUGUUCUUAUGGAUUGCUAAACGUUCAAGACAAAACGCCACUGGUUGUAUAUAACAUUUGUUCUAUCUCAUAUAUACUAAUGGCAUUUUCACAAACCCAUUUAGUUGUAUAGAGGGUAAUGAGGUGGAUCCAAUCGACUGGCGAAACCAUUUCAUUUUAAGAGUUAAAAACGGACAUAGUGCGUUUCUUUUGUGUGUAAGCUGUCCAAGCAGUAUGUAAUUAACGGAUAUCACCAUAGUCGUAUCCUGUCUGAUGUAGUAAGAGUAUAUUCCUGGUUCUCAACUAGUUAUAAAGAGUGUUUUGAAGCAUUUUACAAUGUACCAGUUUUCCACGUUGUCGUUUUCUUCUCUUGUUAUAUUAUAUCACAUGUGGUUAUUUUGAACAGAAGAUGGCACGACCCUGGAGAAAAACGUAAGAAACACUGAUGCAAAAGUCCCUUAGUGUGUCGAUUCUAUCACGUGAUCCAGACCUAGUGUGUAGAUUCUAUCACGUGAUCCAGACCUAGUGUGUCGAUUCUAUCACGUGAUCCAGACCUAGUGUGUCGAUUCUAUCACUUGAUCCAGACCUAGUGUGUCGAUUCUAUCACUUGAUCCAGACCUAGUGUGUCGAUUCUAUCACGUGAUCCAGACCUAGUGUAUUGACAAGGCCCGUUGUCCCCAAACUGGGGUUUCGAAUGCCUUCCAUUUCACGCUUUUAAAGACAAUGAAAGAGUUUCGUCUCAUGUUAAGUUCGCUUUGUUCAAAAUAUGCAUAGCGUUACUUCCCAUUAUUCCGGAUGUAACGAAGUCGAUUUAGGGAACAGUCGAAUGGGCCCAACCAAUUCUAAUCCUCCAGAAGUGACACUGAAGUGAAUAACGAACUUCGGAUUCAAAGAAAUAUUCUUGAGCAUCCUAUCGUUUGUUUGUUUGCGAGAGUUUGUGUGCAUGAUAAAAGAAAGACCGCCUUUUAGGGAACAUGCAUCACAUGUUCAAUUGAUUCAGGGAUAUCAAUGUGAGGGAAUCACAAGCAUGUUGUGACGAGAUGAAAAAGGUUGUUUCAGUUCACAGGGAAUCAAAUCGAACGCCACAGGAACGUUUUCUUGGAAAAAAUGAGUUUGUUGGCACAAAAAAGAAACGUUUCAGAGAUGGAUAAAUAAUUUGAUCACGUGGACCAAAGAUUCGGUUUUCAUUGGAAAAAUGUACAAGGACGACAAAAUUUGCAACGCCAAUAUCAUCGACAUUCAUGUUUGUUCAGAAACUGCUAAUGACAGGAAUGGGACGUGUGUGUCAUCAGUUCAACACUGCAAUCAGCCAGACAUAGAUGGCAUGACCUGAUUCACUCUCGAAACACAUGUGGCAGUACCAAUAGUUACUGCAGUACUGAAUGCAACUUUAGAAUGAUGACUCCUGCCUCGCCAUAUGAACAUAUUUCUGUUAGUCAUUACCAUGACAUCAGACAAAUACCAAUGUUGAUUAUGAUUGCCCAGUAUAAUUAGUGCUAUUUAUACGACGACUAUUUGUUGGUUAAUACGUGUUAUUUAUGACAGACACACAGUCUAUUGUCCUUAAUCAAGUUGUAAUUCCCUUCUUAUAUUACUAAUCCGACAUAUUCAGUUCGUUCAAAAACUCAUACAUGUUUGUCUGACUUGGUCCAGCUUGAGAUCCAAUUGUACUGUGUAAUAAUGUCUUUCAAAUACACUCAGUGCUGUAUUCACAUUUUAAUAAUAACUGAUUAUGACUAUCUAUUAUCUCUAUGAAGUGUUACUUUAAUCUUGAAAUAUAUAUGGAUUAUUGGUUAUCCAAUAUUGAUGUUUCGUUAGCAUAUUAGUAGAAAUCAGUACAUCUACGUGUUGAUUUGAAACAUUUAAACUAACUUUGUAUCAAACUCUACAUACAUGUCACCACACUACGUUUUAUACUUACAUGGAUUAUUAUUAUUAUUAUUAUUAUUAUUAUUUACAGAUUAAAAUAAAUUAAUGCAGCAAAAGGGUUUGGGUUAUAUCUUGGUACAGUCAGGUUGGUUAGGCUCAUCAUCAGCUCGGGGACCUUGCCCCCUCUACACGCAGCCCAGACAGCAAAUGGGACUUCUCCCGGGAAGAGCUGCUUAGUCCAACCCACCCAGAACUUCUCGGAGAAUGGGAAGACUCCCUAACACUGCCGCCUUCUGCAUUACCCAGAUUGACAGAAGAGCUGUAAUCCUGGCUGCAAAUCUAGGUACCC